CUAAUUCCCCAUUUUUAUUUUUUUAUUUUCCAAAAACCAACCUCUUCCACCCACAAACUUAAAUUAAACCCAAUCCCCAAUCCUCUCUCUCUCAAAACACCACACUUAACAUACACAGCAAAAUCCCCACCCUCCUUAUUAAAUAAACGGCACAUACUCUUCCACGUCAGCAAGUACUUCCGAGCUCACAAAGAACCGGAAAUAGGAGAUUGUCAGUAGAGUAAAGAAACAGUACUAGUAGUAGAUGCUUAGUGAAAAAAGUAGAAUUCACCAGAAAAAAUUGAAAAAAAUAAAUAAAAUUCUUUUUUCUUUUUUCUGAUUAUUAUUGUUCAAUUACAGAGAGGCAAAAUGCCCACCAUCGAAUCUUCUUCUGGGUAUUGAGAAUUUUUAAAUUUUUUUAAUUUUUUUUUUGUUGAGGUGAAAUUGAAGGGUAUACACAGAUGCAACUGCAAUGGGGAAGGAUUUGCAGCAAAAUCAGCAGAAUCAAAGUUCGAACAGUAAUGAGAUUGAUAGUAGAGCAAAUGGGUCUGCUUCUUCUUCAACUUUACUGUUCUGUGAUAGAUGUUCGAUGGGAUUGUCGAAUUUGUUGAUAAAAGAGUUCAAUUUUAGGUGUUUUUUUGUUUUGGUUUUGAGUUUGUGUCUCUUAGUUUCUGUGAUCUUCUGGAUCCUGCCUCAUCAUCAGCAUCGUUAUAAAGUUAAAUCACUUGGGUUUGAUGCAAGCAUUUCAGUUAAGCUUAGUGCCACAGUGCAGGGCUACUUGAAACUUCAAAAGCCACUUCCCCAGCUUGUUCCACACAUUGGAAGAUUAGAAUAUGAUAUCAAUGAGGAAAUAGGUGUUCCAAGUGCUAAGGUGGCUAUUCUAUCGAUGCACGAAUCCAUGUCUGAUCCAUUUAAUUGCACUAAUGUGGUGUUUGGUUUUCUUCCUGACCAAAACAAUGUUCCAAUAAAUCAAGUAUCAUUAAGUGUAUUGAGGUCGUCUCUAAUUGAGCUGCUCCUUCGCGAAUCCAAUCUGACUUUGACAACCUCAAUUUUUGGGCAGCCCUCUGUGUUUGAGAUUCUGAAGUUUCCUGGGGGCAUCACUGUAAUCCCAGUGCCUUAUGCUUCCAUUUUGCAGAUGCCCCAGACCCUCUUUAAUUUUACCCUCAAUAAUUCAAUAGCUGAUAUACUGGAGAAUCUUGAUGAGUUAAGGGAUCAGUUGAAGUUUGGAUUAAAUUUGAGAAUUUAUGAGAACAUAGUUGUGCAAAUAACAAAUACAGAAGGGUCCACAAUAGAUCCGCCCAUCACCGUUGAGGCCUCAGUUGUGUCUGAUCUAGGGAGUCUUCUGCCACAGAGAUUGAAACAGUUGGUUCAAACAAUCACAGAUUCUCACUCAAAGAAUCUUGGCCUUGAUAAUUCAGUUUUUGGUAAAGUAAAGAGCGUUGUUUUAUCAUCAUAUUUGAAAGGUAGAAUCCAUGCAAAUCCUCCAAGUCCUUCACCAGCUCCAUCUCCAGAGCUUAAUGAUUAUGCCAAACCACCAAAUCCUGGCUGUGCUCCAUCAGUACAUCCUGCACCACCUCCAUCAGAUGACAGUCACUCACAUUCAACUAGCCCCGAAUGUGGGCGUCACCAUUCUCUAUGUCCUUUAAACUCUCCAGCACCUUCUAUGGAACCUGCUGGUCCUCCUCAACCUUGCAGGCACCAUAGAUCUCCAGUAUCGCCAUCUCAUUCAAACCAAAUCCCAUACCUAGGACCAAUGGGUCCUCCAUUGCAGCUCUCCCCAGAUCUGUCUCCUCUGCCUCACCUGUCACACGGUUCCAAUCCAAGGAAAGGUUCACGAUCUCAAUCACAUGCUCCAUUGCCAUCUGUGCCAACUCUUUCAUCCACAGUGAAGGCAUACUUCAGACUUCAAAAACCACUAGUGCAUCUCGUUCCGCACAUUGGAAGAUUAGAACAUGAUCUCAAAGAAGAAAUAGGCAUCCCAACUUCAAAGGUAGUCGUUCUAUCGUUGCGCCCAUCUGGUGUGUCUAACUAUACGGAUGUGGUGUUUGGGUUUCUUCCCAAGGAAAAGAAUAUUCCAAUAAAUCAAGUAUUAUUGAGUGUGCUGCGGUCGUCUUUAGUUGACGUUUUCCUUCAGGAAUCCAAUCUGACUUUGACAAACUCAGUUUUUGGUCAACCCUCUGAAUUUGAGAUUUUAAAGUUUCUUGGAGGAAUCACUGUAAACCCAGUGCAAGAUGCUUCCAUUUGUCAGAUGCCUCCUACUCUCUUCAGUUUUACCCUUAAUCAAUCCAUAACUCAUACACUGGAUAAUCUCAAUGAGCUAAGGGAUCAGUUGAAGUUUGGUUUGCGCCUGAGACCUCAUGAGAGUAUAAUUGUGCAACUAGCAAAUAGAAAUGGUUCUACAAUAUAUCCCUCAGUCACUGUUCAGGCUUCCGUUGUUUCACAUCUAGGGAGUCUUCUGCCUCAGAGAUUGAAACAAUUAGCGCACAAAAUCACAAAUCCUCAUUCAAAGAAUCUUGGCCUUGAUUACUGGGUAUUUGGUAAAGUAAAGGGUGUUGCUUUAUCUUCUUUUUUGAGAGGCAUUCUCUAUUUAGACCCUCCAGCUUCUCCACCAGCUCCAUCUCCAGAGCUUGGUGAUCAUGCCGAUCCCUCUACUUGUACACCUUCGGGCCCUCCAUCUUCUCCAUCAGAUGGUAGUCACUCGCAUGCAACAAGCCCAAAAUGUGGGCCUCGCCAUUCUUUACCUCAUGUAAAUUCUGCAGCUCCUUCUAUUUCUCCUUCUCAUCCUACCGGACACCAGAAUUCUCCAGUUUCCAGAAGCCCAUCAUCAUCUUAUUCUAAGCAAAGCCCAUACUUGCGUGCACUGGGUCCCCCACCACAGAUCCCAUCAGAUCUGUCUCCCCUGCCUCAAGUAUCCUAUGGUUCCACUUCAGGUGAAGGCUCAGUAUCUCAAUCACUUGCUCCAUCCCCAUCAGCACCGUCUCCAUCAUCUGUAGGAGUAGGUUCGUUCUGCAGGGAGAUCUUGUGGUUGGGAAUUUCUGGAUUGUUGGUCUUUCAUCUUCUCUGCUACCCACAUUGACAGUACAUUCUGCAACUAUGUAUACAUCUUGGGAUACUUUCCGAGGCAAAGAGAUGAUCGAUACCCAGUGUUGUUCUGGCGAGAACGGUAGAAACUUCUGUGGAAAGUUCACCUAGUUUUCUUCAUUUUUUUUUGGUUUCAGAAAAUUGACAAAUGUAAAUGAAGGCAAAGAUGAAGUGCAGGUCAAAGCCAAGAAGGUGGCAGGCCUCUCUUCCCUCUUCUAGUUUUUUGAUGUCACACAAAGUUCAUCGUGACCGAUCAAGAAGCAACAACAGUAUAUUGCAGAUUCCAAGAACCAUUUUCUCUGUAUGUUCUCUUAAGUGUAAAAUAUAUAUAGGUUUCUUUUGAGUAUCUGCAAUGCAAUGUUGUUUAGAUAAAAAAAAAAUGUAAUGCAGAAACUAGUGUGUGAUAACACUUCUCAAGGAAUAGAAUACAGUCGUUAAAGAAACUCUACACGAGUUUUUGUAUUUCAGGUUUCAUUAAGAAUGAUGAGGAAAAUGAAAUCCUGCAUUUGAAUC